AUGGCCGGCACGGAGCGCGGCAAGUGGAUGGUCCAGAAGAUCGUGGGCUGCUUCGCCCAGGAUGGGGUGGACGCGGUCAAGGCGAAUAGUUGUCUGCGGCGCGCCGAGAACAACGCCUUCCUCAAGGGCUUCUUCGACGGGUCGAACGGCGAGCAGCGCGUCUUCGUCUUCCACCAGCCGCCCUGCAACGACGAGGGCGAAGCGGAAGAGGGCGCCGCGCCCGAGCUCACGCUCGGCGUCGGAACGGUGAGUAGAAUGGCGGGCCGCUGCUGCGCUUUUGUGAGAGGCGUCAAGCCGGGCGAGCCCAUCGCCGCGGACAAAGCCUCGACCACGGAGCUCAUGUUCACGGAGAUGCACUCGUCAGCGUUAGGCGCUUUAUCUACCUUCCUCGACGGCUACGGCGUGCCGGCCUUCGCGCACAGCGAGCAGUGGGGCCGCGCGGGCCCGGACCAGCGCCGCGACUUUUCCAGUGAUAUGUCUGCCUUAGCGGCCACGGUCAAGGACGCCGUGGUCAGCCUCGACGGCGGUUUGGAAUUGGCCAAGCCCGAGGGCUCGCAGAUGGCGCAGACCACAAAAACCUUCAACUCCCAGGCGCGCCAGAACCCCGAGCUCAUCCCCCAGUUCGAAAGUUUGUUGGAGGGCUGGUGCGACGCGAUCCAGCAAUAUCUGGACAGGCCGGCGUCGCUCAGCAGCGACGACGUCGGGCCCUUACGAGAAUUAAAUAAUUGGCGCAACCGCAUGCAGCGCUUGACCUCGAUCAGCGAACAGCUCAAGCGCAAGGACUGCAAGGCCGUCGUCAACCUCCUGCAGGCGGUGACGAAGAACACCGGGGAUCCGUCGAAGCAGAAGCUCGUCGCGUUGUUAAGGAGGUGGAAGCAGACGGACGUGAACAUCACGGAGGCGGCGAACGAGGCCAAGGACAACGUCAAGUACUUGUUUACUUUGGAGAGAUUUAUUGAGCCUUUGUAUAAGGGGACGACAACAACAAUAGUAGACACGCUCCCGGCCCUGACGAAUUCCAUAAAAAUGAUCCACACCAUCGCAAGGUACUACAGUACCUCAGAAAGGAUGACGGCUUUAUUUGCUUGCAUCACGGACCAGAUGAUCGUCAACUGCAAGGCGUCGAUCUGGAGUAUUGAUCCCUCGGAAGUCUGCCACUCCGACGCUAGUCGUGCAGAAACGCUCUGGGAGUCCAAUGAACAAGACCUCGUGCGGCGCUUAGAAGCCUGUUUAAAACUCUCGGAGGCGUACCAGGACCAGUACCGACUCACGAAAAAGAAGCUCCAGCAGAUGCCCAAGGGCAAGCAGUUCGACUUCAACGAGAUGCACAUCUUCGGGAAGUUCGACUUGUUCUGCCGGCGCGUCAUUAAAUUGAUAGACAUGUUUUCGACCAUUGAUCAGUUCAAGUCGCUCAGUGUCAAUAAAUUGGAGGGCAUGGAGCAGCUCAUCGCGCGCUUCCACCGGAUCGUGAAGGAGUUCCGGGGCAAGGGCCACGAUCUGCUGGACUACCACAACAACAAAUUUGAUAGGGACUACGUCGAAUUUAAUGUGAAGAUCCCGGCGUCCCGCGUCGGUGCCUUCACUUCAAUACGAAUCGUCUCCAGGAAUGAUGGACGUGGGUGGUCUCUUUUUCGAGUUUGGGGCCGUUCGGACCGUGUCGAGCGACCGCGGCGUGUCAGAGAGACGGCGGUCGCGUCGAUGGCGUCUUCACGCGACAGCGCCGCCGCGAUGGCGUCAGCGCGACGUCACGCCACCGCGACGCCGCCGACGCGACCGCACGAGAGUCUACGGACCGAGUCGAGCGACCGCGAUGCGCCGCGCAGGUCAAGAUCUCGGACCUCGAAGGCGCCCUCCAGCACUUCAUCAACCAGUCCUUCGAGAACAUCACGUCCAUCGAAAACAGUCUGGGGCUGCUGGCGACGUUCCAAGCAAUACUGCAAAGAGAAACGCUGAAGUCGGACCUCGACAGCAAGCUCAACGUCAUUUUCCAGAACUAUGGUGCGUAUCUCCGCGUUUUGAGGCGUUGCGGUGCCUUCACAUCCUUGGAUGGACUCGUGUCCAUCUCACGAUGCCGGGGGUCGUUUCUUUUUCGACUUUGGGGCCGUUCGGACUUUGACGGAAAUGCUCCGCACAGGCAUCGAGCUCGAGCAGGUGCAACAGCUCUACGAGAAGCAGAAGCACGACCCGCCCAUUCCCCGCAAUCUACCCCCGGUGGCCGGGAACAUCACGUGGAGCCGACACCUGUUAAAAAGGAUCGAGGGCCCGAUGCGGCAAUUUGAAUUAAAUCAAAAUGUCUUGGAUGGACCGGGGGCGCGGCGCAUCAUCAAGAUGUACAACAAAUUGGCUCGUACGCUGGUCGCCUUCGAGUACCUCUGGCACCAGGCCUGGGUUUCUAGUAUAGAUCAAGCCAAAUCGGGUUUACAAGCUACUCUGAUCAUAAGACAUCCGGAAGAUCAAAAAUUGUACGUGAACUUUGAUUUGGAGCUGUUGCAGUUGGUGAGGGAGGCGAAGUGCCUGGAUCGCAUGGGCGUCGAGGUGCCCGAGUCGGCCAAAAUAAUUCUAUUUCAAGAGGACAAAUUGAAGUCCUACUACAACGACCUGCACUGGGCUUUAAAUGAAUAUGAUCGCGUCGUGAGCAUGGUGAUUCCGGUCACGGCCAUGGUCCUGCGGCCGCACUUCAACGACAUGGAGGCCGAGCUCCGGCCGGGCAUGGUGACGCUGACCUGGACGUCGAUGAACAUUGAUAGCUACAAAGCGCACGUGCACCACGGUUUGAAGCGCCUGGAGCAGCUCGUGACGGGCAUCAAUGAUGUGAUCGAGCACCGCAUCGAGAACAAUUUGAAGGUCGUCUCGCGCACGCGGUUGGUGGACCUGCCCGACGACCAGUCGUUCACGGUCGACGACUUUGUGCACAACCAGCACGACCACAUCGAGGUGGAAGUGGAUGUUUUAACAGGAAAGAACCUCGAGAUCGAGGCGGCCGUCGACGAUUUGGUCCAGGUCCGAUCUCGGCGUCCUUUUGCCUUCUUACGCCAUCGACGCGACUCAUGGCCAUCGCACGAUGCCGGGGGUCGUUUCUUUUUCGAGUUUGAGCUGUUUCGGACCGCGUCGGGGCCGUCGCGGCGUGUCACGCGUCGAUGGCGUCUUCACGAGACAGCGCCUUCAUGAGACCGUCGUCGUGAUCCCACGAGAGUCUCCGUGGUCCUCGGGACGCCGUCGACGCGACGCCACAUCACCGCGAUGCUCCGCGCAGGUCAUCAUGGCCUACCGCUUCGAGCAGCCCGGUUCGCAUGUAGAACCGGACGAGGUCGCCAAGCUCAAGAAGCACUACAACCACUUCAUGUACCAGGCGUUAUUGCAUAGCGCGAAGAACUCGCUGAACGCGCUGAAGAAGAGGAUCGCCUGUCGGGUCGCUUCUGGUUUUCUCUACACGGCGAGACCCUUCUUCGAGAUCGGGGUUCGUCUCGGUUCAGAGGAAUGCGUCUUGUCGCCGUCUCUUGAUGAUGUGCAAAAUUGCAUCAACCGGUCGGCGCAAGCCGUUUUAGGGUGUUUCAAGCGCGUGAAAGAUUGGAGGAUUGUCGCUUUGGAGAAAUAUAGAACCGCGGACGCCCCCAGCUUCUUUGAGAGAAUAACGAAGGACAUCGAAAUCGUGCGCGUGGCAUUGCUACUCACCGGUAGUUUGCAAGGCAUUCGGAACACGGUAGCAGAUUACUUACAUAGUUUUGGCCAGUUCGACUGGCUCUGGCAGAAGGACAAGCAGGAGGCCUACAAGGAGUUUCUCUCUACAAAUCCGUCGCUCGAGGACUACGCUUCCCAACUCAAGAGUUUCCAGGGCACCGACGACGACAUCGGGCAGAUCGCGACGUGCCACAACAUCGGGGCGUUAUCUCUCAAUACCACCCAACUCAAAGGGCAAUUGAAAGCGGACGUCGAGGUCUGGCAGAAGACGUACUGCAACAACCUGCGUGACUCAGUGUUGAACUUCAACUUCGAUGGGGCUCGGAGAGCGUCGUUCCUCGCAGGCACAAGGAGGCGCGCGAGAAGCUCGACGACCUGUCCGAGUACAUAAGGGCGACGUCCGUGAAGCUCGAGAAGGUCGUCGCCGACGACGACCUCGACGCCUUGGGGGUCAUGAUGGCGCUCUUCAAGACGAUCCGCGAGCGCGAGUCGGGUCCGCUCGCGGCGUCUUGACGUGUGGCGGUGCCUUCACUUCCUCACGAUGACGUGGGUGCUUUCUUCGUCGAAUUUGACUCGAUACGUGUCACACGCAGGCAUCAGCAUGGAGAUGCGGCCCAUCGAGGAGAUGUACGCCAUGCUCGAGCGCAAUUUACCGUCCGGCUUCAUGGACAAGUCGGAAGUCGACAAGCGGACGGUGCUCGAGAGCGGCUGGCGGAAGAUGGUCGCGACCGCUUCCGUAAGGUGCUGACUCAGCGUCUGUUUCCAGCCUUUUCCGAACUUCAACUUUGUGAAAAUGGCGUCGACGCGAUGCCGCACCGCCGCGACGCCCUCGACGGGGCCGUGAGAGAGUCUACGGGUCUCGUGAGCGAGCCGCGGCAGUUUCGUGAUUGCAUGAUCCCACACAGGGCCGAGGAGAUGAGCAACAAGCAGCACGUCCAGAAGAAGAACCUGAAAGUCAGCAAGAAUGUCCUAAGGAAGGAGGUCGACAAACUCAGGGACAACUGGAUCAACGCGGGGCCGGGCGUCCCGGGCGUCGACCCGGAGGUGGCGCUCGAUCGGUUGCGCUUCGCCAAGGACCACCUGGCCCAGUGCGUGCGCAAGUACGAGAUGGCCCACAACGGCGAGGAGCUCUUCGCUUUGCCAUUUAGCGAAUACCCGGAGCUCGCGCAGACGGAAAAGGACAUAAAGCUGUUCGACCAGCUGUCUGAUCUCGGCGUUUUGACGUGUAGAGGCGCCUUCACUUCAUUGAUACGAUCUCACGAUGCCGUGAGUGGUCUCUUUGUCGAAUUUGAGUCUCUGGAAGACGAGGUCGCGACUCGAUAUAUCGACGCGGUCCGAACGGCCUCAAAAUCGAAAAAGAGACCACCCACUUCACUGUGAGAUGGACACGAGUCGCCUCGAUGGCGUGGAGGCGCCUCCCCACGACGGGACGCGAUAUAUCACGCACAGGUUUUCGCUCUACACGGACGUCAAGGAGAACAUGAACGAGUGGAACCUGCUGCAAUUUGCCGCCAUCGUCGCGGGCAUGGAGGACAUGACGGCGGCGAUGGACAACUUUGCCUUGCGGUGCAAGAAGAUGCCCGGUCGACUUAGAGCUUUUGACGCGUAUAAAAAUUUAAAUAAGCGCAUCGAGGACUUCCAGAUCGUGCUGCCCUUGCUCCAGGAACUCGCCAAACCCAGCGUGAUGGUGCGGCACUGGGACGAGCUCCGAGCUUUGGUCAAGAACGACUUCGACCAGGAGAGCGCGGAUUUUACAUUAGAAUUCAUCAUUUCCCUCAAAUUGGAGAACGUGGCGGAUGAGGUGCUGGAGAUCACGGACGGCGCCGAUAAACAAUUAAAAAUAGAACAAGAUAUAAAGGAAAUUAACGGCAUCUGGGAGGUCCGCGAGUUCACGUUCAAGGUACUGACUCAGCGUCUUCAUUGAACUUGAACUUGACGUGGUCUUCAUGAUCACCAGGGCGCCCACGCGCCUCGUGAGACGUGACGGCGUCGUUCCCACGCAGGACUGGAAAUCUAGACCUAUACCUACUUUACAAGGCACGGGCAUCCUGACCGAAGAACUGGAAGAAAGCAUCAUGCAGAUGCAGACCUUCCUCACCAUGCGCCACGUCGCGCCGUUCCGCGAGGAGGCCGCGGAGCUGUUAGCUAAUUUGAACGACGCCGCGGACACGCUCGAGCAGUGGGUCAAGGUCCAGCUCAUGUGGUGCUCCCUCGAAUCGGUCUUCACGGGCGGCGACAUCGCCAAGCAGCCUGCCACUGUGUGGAAAUUAUUCGCGUCUCGCGAUCUCGGCGCCGCGGUCCUCGGAGAGGCCCAAACUCGGACACGAUCUCCGAGAGACACACUCGACCGACUGGAGCGAGCAGCACCUCACUUCAAGGGAGAGAGACCCCGACUUGAAGCCCAAGUUGAACUUUGAUGUCCACACAGGCUCCCGAUGGAGGCCAAAAAAUUUAGUAAAGUGGACAAGGACUGGACGAAGAUCAUGCGCGGACUCGGCGUCUUCUACGGUGCCUUCACGUUGUCGCUGGGACUCGUAGCAUGGUGUGGGUGGUCUCUUUUUCGGAUUUGAGGCCAAUCGUGAUGCUCCGCGCAGGCAAGUGUCGCAGUCGACGUCGCUCGUCGUCCCCUGCUGCCAGAACGAGAUGCUCAAGGCGAAGCUGCCCGAGAUGUACGGCGAACUAGAAAAGUGCUCCAAGGCCCUCGAGGGCUACCUCGAGCAAAAACGGAGCAAGUUCCCGCGGUUCUACUUCUGCUCCAACUCGAAGCUGCUCCAGAUCCUGUCGCAGGGCAGCGACCCGACGACGAUGAACGCCCACUACGAGACCGUCUUCGACGCCUUGGAGAAGGUCGACCACGACAAAAAGGACAAGGUCUGCUCGCGGCGUCCCGUCGUGUAGAGGCGCCUUCACUUCACUGAUACGACUCGUGUCCAUCGCACGAUGACGUGGGUGGUUUAUUUUGUGAUUUUGAGUGAAUUCGGACCGAACCGCGAUGCUCCGCGCAGGCCAUCAUCCGCACGAUCCACGGCUCCGGCGGCGUCGGCCACGAGGAGUUCCCCUUCAUCAAGCCCGUGCCGGCGUCGGGCAACAUCGAGGACUGGCUCACGACCUUAUUACAUUACAUGCAGUUAACAGUAAAAAGUUUAUGCGCGACCGCGGGCGAGUACUGCGCGGCCACGGGCGUCGACAUUCCUGGGUUAAGACGCUUCGUCGACGACAGCAAAGCGCAAAUCGCUCUGUUGGGCAUCCAGUUCAUGUGGACGGCCGACACGCAGACGGCGCUCGAGGAGUGCAAAAGAAAGAAGUCGGGCAUGAAGGAGUGUAACGCGCGCCAAAAUAACUUGUUGCUGGAGCUGUCGUCGUGGUGCCUGCAGGACCUGGGCACGAAGGUCAACCGCAAGAAGAUCGAAACUUUAGUUACGAUCCACGUGCACCAAAAGGACGUCUGACUCAGCGUGGUUUCCUUCAAUUUCUCAACUUGAACUUUGUGAAGAUGGCGUCAACAUGACGCCGUCGACGUGGCCGCACGAGCGUCUACGCGCCUCCCGCGGCAGUUUCGUGACGGUGUCCGUGCCACACAGGUCACGACGGAGAUGUUCCAGCUCUACAAGAAGAAGCUCAUCCACGACGCGAACGACUUCGAGUGGACCAAACAAGCUAGAUUCUACUGGCGGCCCCAAGCUUCGGAUGAUUGUUCGCCGGACGGGAGCGUCGUCAUCGCGAUCACGAACUUCGUGCGCUCGCGGCGUCCCGUCGUGUGGAGGUGCCUUCACUUUGUUGAUGUGACUCGUGGCCAUCGCACGAUGCCGGGGGUAGUUUUUUGAGAGAUUUUGAGGCCAUUCGGACCGCUUCCAGUGAAUACGACGCCCCGCGCAGGACUUCGCCUACUCCUACGAGUAUCUAGGGUCGAAGGAGCGACUAGUUGUGACGCCGCUCACGGAUCGGUGCUACAUCACGUUGGCCCAGGCCCUGGGCAUGUCGUUUGGCGGCGCGCCGGCCGGGCCGGCCGGCACGGGCAAGACGGAAACGACGAAGGAUCUGGGCGCAUCUUUAGGCAUCUUCGUGGUCGUCACGAACUGCGGCGACCAGAUGUCCUACAAGGACUGCGCCAAGAUCUUUAAAGGCUUGUGUCAGAGCGGCAUCUGGGGCUGCUUCGACGAGUUCAACCGGAUUCGCUUACCCGUUUUGUCAGUGGUGGCGCAACAAGUUUUGAGCAUCCAGAACGCCAAGAAGGCGGACAAGGCCUUCUUCCAGUUCCCCGGCGACCCGCAGGACGUGCGCGCCGGCGUCCCGUCGUGUGGAGGCGCCUUCGGACCGACGUCGUGACUCCGGCUCCUCUGAUGGCCACGAGUCGUAUCAAUGAAGCGAGAGCGCCCGAACACCGCGGCAACGCGCGACACCGCCGCCACGCACAGGUGCGCCUCAACAAGGCCGUCGGCUACUUCAUCACGAUGAACCCGGGCUACGCGGGCCGCCAAGCGCUGCCCGAGAACCUCAAGGCCCUCUUCCGCGGCGUCAUGAUGAUGGUGCCGAAUUUUCAAAUUAUCAAGAAGGUGAAAUUGUGUAGUGUCGGUGCUGACUCGGCGUCAACUUCAACUUUGGGAAGAUGGCGUCAACGCGAGUAUGAUCCCGCGCAGGCUACUCGCAGUACGAGAUGCUGUCCUUCAAAUUUUUUGUCCUUUAUGACACGUGUAAAUUACAGUUAUCAAAUCAAAAGCACUACGACUGGGGCCUGCGGAACAUCCUCAGUGUUUUGCGGACGAUGGGCGCCUCCAAGAGAAACAACAUGGACAAGCCCGAAUCUUACUUAGUGUACCAGACGCUGCGGGACAUGAACCUGUCGAAGCUCGUGGCCCAGGACGUGCCCCUGUUCCUAUCGAUCUUGGCCGACUUGUUCCCUUCCAUGAGCGCCCCGCCGAAGGCCGAAUACCCCGACAUGGAACAAGCGUUGAUGGAGGAAUGCGAGAAGGACGGCAAGAUCUUUUAUGAGGGGCCCGAGGGGUCCGAGGGCACGCGCGGCGGCUGGGUCGGCAAGGUCAUCCAGCUCUACGAGACGACGAAGGUGCGGUCUCCGCGUUUUGAAGUGUAGAGGCGCCUUCACUUCAUUCAAACGCGUCGUCUCCAGGAGAGGAGGCCGUGGCUGGUCUCAUUUUCGAUUUUGAGGCGUUUCGGACCACGCGGUCGCCUCGGACUCCCGAGAGAGGCAGAGAGCAAUCUUCACGGGUCGCGGCGAUGGCGUCGGGCUCAUACGCAAUCGACGCGACUGGUGUCCAUCUCACGUCCAUGAGAGUGGUUUCGGGCGAGGUCGCGACUCGACACAUGUCACACACAGGUCCGCCACGGCAUCAUGCUCGUCGGGCCCACCGGAGGCGGCAAGUCGACCAUUUUCUACUUGUUGAGGAGAGUAUUACACAAGAUCAUGGACCUGCAGCACCGAGCGUGUCGAUUCAACCCGAAGGCGAUCCGCGCGCAGCAGAUGUACGGCGAGGUCGACCCCGUCAGCCAGGAGUGGACGACGGGCGUCUUCGCGGCCAUGUGGGCCAAGGCCUGCAACCGCGACAACCCCUACAACACGUGGAUCACGGCCGACGGGCCCGUCGACGCGAUCUGGAUCGAGGACCUGAACACGGUCUUGGACGACAAUAAAAUCCUCACGCUGGCGAACGGCGACCGCAUGCCCAUGACGGACAACGUGACACGCGGCGUCCUGCGGUGCCUUCACGCCGUCGACGCGACGCCAGAGAACGGCCCCAGAAUCGAAACUGAGACCACGCCUGGCCUCCUGCGAUGGAGACGCGUCGUAUUGAGGAAGUGAGAGCGCCGCGAACCCCUCGCAACGCGCGAAACCGCCGCCACGCGCAGGUCAAGAUGAUGUUCGAGGUCGAGACGCUCAAAAACGCGUCGCCGGCGACGGUCUCUCGCGCGGGCAUCAUUUACUUGUCUGAAGUGGAAUUGGACUGGGAGGCGCUGUUCACGGCGUGGGUGCAGACGAGGCCGGAGGAUCAACGCGACAUUCUUACACAACUCAAGGAGAAGUGGCUCGGCAAGUGCGGUCAGUGACUCGGCGUCAUUUUCUUCGAAUUUCUCAACUUGAACUUUGGGAAGACGGCGCCAAUGCGACGUUCCGCCACCGUGACUGCCGGCAGUUUCGCGACGGUGUCGUUCCACACAGACCCCAUCGAGCCGGGCCCGGCCUUUUCCUUUUUACAAAGGCAGACGUCCCCGAAGCUCGCGACGGGUCGGAUGGCGAUUCUCCAGGCCAUGCUGACCUUAAUUGACGGCUUUACGUUAGAAGCCGGGGCACCGGUGCAAACGGCCAUCAAAAUUGAUCAGGGAGACCUCGCCGUCAACUUGGAGAAGAUUUUCAUCCUGGCCUUCACGUGGUCCUUUGGCGCGUUACUCGAGGCCGACGACCGCGACAAGCUCAACGAGUGGAUGUCUUCAGUAGACAAGACGCACAUGCCCUCUGGAAAUGUUUUCGAGUUUAAGCUCGACCACGAGAGCUGCGACUGGGUCGAGUGGAGCGCGCCGGUCUGGAAGUACCCCGACGGCGACACGCUGGACUUUGCGAGUAUCUUGGUGCCGACGGUCGACGCGGAGCGGACGCAGUACUUAAUUAAACAGGCCCACAAGCAGAAGAAGGCCGCUCUACUUAUUGGUUCUGCCGGUACCGCAAAAACAGCAACGGUAAGGAUGUUCCUGCAGUCGCUGGACAUGCUCACGAGGACGGUCAACUACUCGUUCGCGACGACGAUGUGCGACCUCGGCGUUUUGAAGUGGUGCCUUCGACGCGUGGCCAUGAGUGAAUUCGGACCGCUUUGACGGACAUGCGCCGCGCAGGUUCGGCGCGCAGAACGCCGUCGAGGCCGAGCUCGACAAAAGGGGCGGCAAGAACUUCGGCCCGCCGAACGGCAACAAGAUGACGUUUUUCAUCGACGACAUGUCGAUGCCGGAGGUGCGCUCGCGGCGUCCCGUCAUGUAGUUCAUCAGACUCGUGUCCAUCAGACGAGGCCGUGAGUGGUCUCUUUUUCGAUAUUGAGCGAGAUCGCGACUCGAUAUACUCGACGCGGUCCGAAUGCACUCAAAUUCGACAAAGAAACUACCCACUUCCAUCAUUCCUAGAGACGACGCGCGUCGAUGGCGUGGAGGCGCCUCGACACGUAUCACACACAGGUCAACAAGUGGACGGACCAGCCGACGCUCGAAUUGAUGCGCCAAUUGGUCGAAUAUUCGGGUUUUUGCUUCCUCGACAAGGAUAAGAGGGGCGACUUCAAGACCUGCGAGGACGUCUACUACAUCGGGGCCAUGGGCCACCCCGGUGGGGGGAGGAAUGACAUUCCGAAUCGCUUGAAGCGGCAGUUCUACACGAUCAACCUGACGCCGCCGUCCAUCAACAGCAUCAACGACAUCUACGGCCAGAUGCUCGCCGGGCGCUUUCCCGCGCGCCAGACGGAGACGGAUCUCAAGCUAGUGGUGAACGCGCUAACGAAGGCCACGAUCAAGUUGUGGACCUUCAUGCAGAACAAGAUGCUGCCGACGCCGGCGAAGUCCGUUGCGGCGUCCCGUAUCAUGUUGUGGGUCGUUUCUUUUUUGCUGAAGAGGCCGUUCGGACCGCGUCGCGUCCGAAUGCACCCACUUCAUCAUGAGGUGGACACGACGCGCGUCGACCGUCGCACGCCGAGAUACGAACCGCGACGCGCCGCGCAGGUUCCACUACGUCUUCAACAUGCGCGACCUGUCGCGCGUCUUCCAGGGCGUUUUAGCUGUCCCGCACGACUCGAUCAACACGGGCGGCACGCGCGGCCAGGAGGGCACGUACACCGUCGCACCACCCUCGACGCUCGUCAACGUCUGGAAGCACGAGUGCGCUCGCGGCGUUUUGAAGUGUCUCGUGGCCAUCAGACGAGGUCGUUCCGCGCAGGUGCGAGCGCGUCUUCAACGACAAGCUCACGAACUAUAAAGACAAGGACGUCUGCACGGGCGCGAUCCAAGAGACCAUCACGGAAGUGUUUGACGAGGCCGUCGUGGCCGGUAUUCCUUCUGACAGUGAACUACUGAUGGUCAACUUUUUGAGAGACGACAUCUACGACGAGGACGGCGUCAUGCAGGAGGAGGCUCCUAAAGUGUAUGAGCCGGGAGGAACCCUGAAAGAGAUCAAAUCUAGGGUCGACAUGUUCCUCGACAAGUACAACGAGGAAAACCCGUCCAAAAAAAUGGACCUGGUGCUCUUCGACGACGCGUUGAAGCACAUGCUGAAGAUCAACAGAUUGAUGGAGAUGCCGCGCGGCUCUGGACUUCUUGUAGGUGUGGGUGGUAGUGGUAAACAGUCGUUAACACGACUCUCCAGUUACAUCAGUCGAUUCAUGUGCUUCCAGAUCACGCUCACGAAGACGUACAACCAGGCCUCGCUGCUGGAGGACAUCCGCACUCUAUACAGAAACGCCGGCGCCGGCAAAGGGACCACGUUCCUCUUCACCGAGUCGGAGAUCAAGGCCGAGUCGUUCCUCGAGACGUUGAAUAGUGUGCUCAUGACGGGCGAGGUGCCCGGCUUGUUUGCGAAGGACGAGAUCAUGGCCAUGACGGUCAGUGACUCAGAGCAGAAAAUGAACUUGAACUUGACGUGGUCGCGUCGAUGGCGUCCGAGAGCGUCGUCACGCGCUCCACGCCAUCUUCAUGGAGACGUGCCUCGCUUCUCGACGAGUUUCGUGAUUGUUUGUAUCAACACAGGCGGAAUUGCGGCCGUCCUUCAUCAAAAAUCGGCCGGGCGUCGAAGAGACGCAGGACAACCUCAAGGCGUAUUUAACUGAUGUAACAAGGGACAACUUGCACCUCAUGCUCUGCAUGUCGCCCUUGAACCCGAAAUUCCCCGAGAGGGCGAGACGGUUCCCGGGCCUCGUGUCCGCGCCGACGAUCGACUGGUUCCUGCCGUGGCCCGAAGAGGCGCUCGUCGCCGUCUCGAAGGGCUUCCUGGGCAAGUUCGAGAUGGCCUGCGACGACGACAUCAAAAACAACGUCAUGACGACGAUGGGCGCGGACGCGGCGUUGAAGUUUCCUUCAAUUUCUCAACUUGAAGUUUUCGUGAAGACGUCUCACGGCACCGUGACGCCGUCGACGUGGCCACGCGAGAGCCUCCGCGUCGCGUGGAUGUCCAGAGGCCGUGUCGCGACGGCGUCCAUCAAACGCAGGCAUGUGCCACGCGCACACGACGGACGUCUGCCUCGAGUACUUCGAGAAGAUGCGGCGCCAGGUCUACCAGACGCCGAAGUCGUACCUCAGCUUCAUCGCGGCCUACCAGGUCAUGUACGGUGACUCAGCGUCCGAUGCUCAUCAAUUUUUCAAGUUGAACUUUGGGAAGAUGGCGUCCACGCGACGCGCCGCCACCGCGACGCCGUCGACGUGGCUCUGAGAGAGCUGUGGCCGUGUCGCGACGGUAUCAAUGCAGGUACAAGACGAAGCUCGCGGAGAUCGAGCACAAGGAGGCGUCCAUUUUGUUGGGUCUCGAGAAGCUCGAGCAGGGCGGUAAAGACGUGGAGGACAUGAAACUCGUGCUCGCGGAGGAAGAUAAAAAAUUGGCCGUCGCGUCGGAGGAGACGAAUAAGAUGCUCGAGGGGCUGCAGAUCUCGUCGGCGGAGGCGCAGCGCGAAGGAGAUAAAGUAGCCAAGGACAAGGCGGCCUGCGAAGCGGAUGCGGAGCGGAUCGGCAAGGAGAAGGCCUUGGCGGAAAUUGAUUUGGCGAAGGCGCAGCCGUUCGUCGACAAGGCGCGCUCGCGGCGUCCCGUACGGUGCCUUCACUUCAAUGCGACUCGUGUCCAUCAGACGAGGUCGUGGGUGGUUUCUUUUUCGAUAUCGAGGCCGUUCGGACCGCGUCGAGCAACGUCGACCGAAUCACCUCGAAAUCGCCUCAAAAUUCAACGAGAAACGACCCACCGCCGCCAUUCCCGGACACGAUCCUCCCGUACCACUCCACGACCCCAAAACUCCGCGCAGGCCAACAAAGCGAUCGCGUCCAUCAAACCGAAAGAUAUCCAAGAAAUAAAAGCCAACAAGAACCCGACGGACAUCAUCAAGAUGAUCUUCGACUGCAUUUUGAUUUUAUUUAAGCUCCCGCUCGAGAAGGUGCCGACUCGGUGUUUUUCUCGGAACGUUUCCGAACUUCAAUAUCAUGAAGAUGGCGUCGGCGCGACGCCACGCCCACGCGACGCCGUCGACGGGGCCGUCAGAGAGCCUCGGGACCGCGGCACGCCUCGACACGGCCCGAAAUCGACGAAGAGACCACCCCCGGCAUGCUGAGAUGGCGACGACGCGCGUCGACGGCGUCGCGCCGCGCAGGUCGUCCCCGAGACGCUCUACGUCAAAAAAGAGGACCUGCCCUUUUUUGGCACCUCAUUUAAAUUCUCGGGCCAGGCCAUGCUCGGCGGCGCCAACUUCCUGACGGACCUCCAGGCCUUCGGGGCCGAAGGGAAAGACCUGAUGAACGAGGAGACGGUCGAGUUUUUAUUUCCGUACGUCGACCUCGGCACCGAAGAGGGCGGCGAGUACUUCACUCCUAAAGUAGCUAAAUCCGCGUCGUCGGCGGCGGAGGGUCUUUGUAUUUUUGCGGCGGCGAUGAAGGACUACUUCUACGCUAGUCGUAUUGUCAAGCCGAAACUAGAGGCUCUCGCACUAGCUGAAGCGUCGUUAAACGAGGCGGCCGAGAAGCUCAAGCAGGCCGAAGCGAAAUUAGCCGAAGUCAACGCGAAGUUGGGGGAAUUGCAGGCACGAUCCCCGGCGUCCGUCGUUUCGCCUUCUCUGAUGGAGAGCGACCCCCACGACCCCGUCGAGAUUCAUGAAGACGGCCGCGCGACGCGACACGCCCGCAGGCCAUGUUCGAGCGCCAGAUGGGCGAGAAGAAGAUUUUGGAGGACAACGCGAACAUGUGGGGUCGCGGCGUCUUGACGUGUUCACUUCAUUCAUACGACUCGUGUCCAUCAGACGAGGUCGUGGGUAGUUUGUUUUUCGAAUUUGAGGCCGUUCGGACCACACGCGACGCGCCGCGCAGGCUCAUGAAGAAGAUGACGCAGGCCACGGAUUUGAUCGGCGGUCUCAGUGGAGAGCAGAAGCGCUGGACCGAGGACGCGAACGGCUUCGCGUCGGAGAAACUAAGGCUCGUCGGCGACUGCGCGGUGGCGUGCGCGUUCGUGUCGUACUGCGGCCCCUUCAACCAGGAGUACCGAAGCUACUGCAUCGUCGACAAGUACAGCAACGAGUGCGAGACGCGGCACGUGCCCGUGACGCAAAACCUGAAUAUUAUUGAGUUCCUCGCGGACAUCGGCACGAUCGGCGACUGGAACCAGGAAGGGUUACCGACGGACCCCCUGUCGAUCCAGAACGGCAUCCUCGUGACGCGAAGUUCGCGGUUCCCGCUGCUGAUCGAUCCCCAGGGCCAGGCCGUCGGCUGGAUCACGUGUCGGGAGAAAGAAAGAUUACCGGCGGCGUCGCCCACGGUCCAGCUCCUCGAUCCGAAGAUCAAGGACAAGCUCGAGUUCGCCAUGCAGGAGGGCAAGGCCUUUAUUGUAUUAGGCGUCGAGAACGAGAUCGACCCGAUGUUCGACCCCGUCUUGGAGAAGGAGUACGUGCAAAAGGGCCGGCGGCGCGCUCGCGGCGUCUUACUUCAUUGAUACGACUCGUCUCCUUGUCCGAUGUUGAGUCUCUGGAAGACGCGUUCGCGUCGCGCCGACGGCGUCCCGAGCCGCCGACGCCCCGCAGGUACAUCAUCACGAUCUCCGACAAGCAGAUGGACUACGACAUGGCCUUCAUGGCCUAUUUUAUUACGAGACUGCCGAACCCGACCUUCUCGCCGGAGCUCCAGGCGAAGACGACGGUCGUCGACUUCACGGUCCGUGACUCGGCGUCAAAUGUAAAUCCAUUUCUCAACUUGAACUUUGGGACGAGGGCGUCUUCAUGAUGAUCAGAGCGUCUACACCUCGCGUGAGAGAGCUGCGGCAGUUUCGCGACAGUUUCGCACACAGGUCACGCAAAAGGGCCUCGAGGAGCAGCUCCUCGGGAAAGUGAUCGGCAAGGAGCAGCGCGCUUUGGAGGAGCAACUAGCUUUAGUGCUGCAGGAGGUCAACGCCAACACGAAGAGUCUCUUGGCGCUGGACGCUUCGUUACUCGAAAGACUCACGAGUAACACGGGGAACCUCCUAGACGACGAGGAAUUAGUGGAUGUCCUCGCCUCGACGAAGGCGAAGGCCCAGGAGGUCGGCGAGAAGUUGAAGGCCGCCGACGAGACGAAGAUCAGCAUUAAUGAGAAGAGGGAACAAUUUAGACCAGUGGCGACGCGGGGCUCGUGCUUGUAUUUUGCCAUCGUCGAGAUGUCCGCCGUCAAUCCCAUGUAUCAAACCUCAUUAGCUCAGUUUUUGGGGCUGUUUAUGUCCAGCAUGGACAAGGCCGAGCGGGCUUCUCUGGCGUCGAAACGCGUCGAAAAUAUUAUUGACUGCAUGACGUACAUCACGUACCGCUAUAUUAAUCGGGGGUUGUACGAGAAGGACAAACUUACGUUUAUCUUGAUCUGUACGCUGAAGAUUUUGGUCACUGCCGGUUUAUUGAAGUCCGGCGACGUGACGCUGUUCUUACGAGGAGGCGCGGCUUUGGACAUCAACACGGCGAAGCGCAAGCCCUUCGGCUGGAUGACGAACGAUUCCUGGCUGAACAUUCUCGCCUUAGCGGACGCGCUCAAAUUUUUCGCGAACAUGCCUUCUGAUAUGAGUGCGUAUCUCGGCGUCCCGUCGUGUUGUGGUGGUUUCACUUCAUUAAUACGACUCGUUUCCUAGAAUCAUGGCGGUGGGCGGUUUCUUUUUGAUUUUUGAGGCCGUUCUUGACUCGAAAUGCUCCGCGCAGGUGCGAACGAAAGUAUUUGGAGGAAGUGGUACGAGGACAACGAGCCCGAGCAAUUAGCUAUCCCCGACUACGAAACGAGGAUUUCGGAGAACGUCGAGAUCGGACCCUUUUUGCGAUUACUAGUGGUCCGGAUGCUCCGCAUGGACCGGUGCAUCCCGCAGGCGCGCGACUUCAUCAAGGCGACGCCCCAGAUGGGUCCUAGAUUUGUUGAACCGGUCACAGAUACCAUGGAGAUGACCUACGACGAGUCGUGCGCCGAGGUGCCUACUAUUUUCCUACUGUCUGCGGGCGUGGACCCGACGGAGUCCAUUGAACUCCUAGCAAGGAAGAAGAAGCUGCCGCCGCCCGCCGUCAUCAGUCUGGGCGAGGGCCAGGAGCCCGUCGCCAUCAAAGCGUUGAACGGGGCCGCGCAAGAAGGUCUGUGGGUCAUGCUCCAGAACUGCGAAUUGGCUUUAGAGCUCAUGGCGGACAUGGAGCAGGUGCGGACUCCGCGUCCGUUUCCUUGAAUUUCUCAACUUGAACUUCGCGUCGAUGGCGUCAUGACGCCGUCUUCAUGAUCACACGAGCGUCGACGCGCCUCGUGACGGCGUCGGUCCCACGCAGAUGUUCGCGAAGAUGGAGGCCAUCGAUCCGAACUUUAGAUUAUUCAUCACGUGCCUGCCGCACAAGGACUUUCCUUUGGGCUUGCUGCAGAUGAGUACGAAAGUAACUAAUGAACCGCCGAUGGGUUUAAAAGCCGGACUCUUACGUACGUAUACGGUCACAGUAGAUCAAGAGAGGUUAGAGAGGGUCGAGACGGAGCAGUGGCGCAAGCUGCUGUUCGGUCUAUCCUUCCUCCAUAGCGUGGUUCAGGAGCGGCGAAAGUUCGGCGCGAUCGGUGCUGACUCAGCGUCAUUUUCUUCGAGUUUCUCAACUUCAACUUCGCGUCGAUGGCGUCAAUGCGACGUUCCGACACCGUGACGCCGUCGACGUGGCCGUGCGAGAGUCUGCGCGUCGCGUGAGUGAACGGAGACAGUAUCGCGACGGCGUCCGUGCCACGCAGGCUGGUGCAUCAAGUACGAGUACAACACGGCGGACCUGACGGCGUGUAUCUUGUUCUUGGAAGGGCAUUUGUAUGCCGGGCCCAUUUCUUGGUCCACAUUACAGUACAUGGUGAGCGAGGUCCAGUACGGAGGCAAAAUAACGGACUCGGUCGACCGCCGCAUGUUCAACACGUACGCGGAGGAGUUUUUGAGGCCCGGCGUCUGCGAGGAAGGUUUUUCGUAUACGCCCUCUGCACCAGUGAUGCCCAUCCCCCAGAACUACAAGUAUACGGUGCCCGGACAUACGGAACUCAAGCCCUUCAAGGUCCGUGACUCAGCGUCUUUUUCUCACGUUUUCCGAACUUCAACUUCGCGUCGAUGGCGUCAACGCGAUGCCACACCGCCGUGACGCCGUCGACGUGGCCGUGCGAGAGUCUGAGCGUCGCGUGAGUGAACGGAGACAGUAUCGCGACGGCGUCGUGCCACACAGGACUACAUCGAGACGUUCCCGGAGGCCGACUCGCCGGAAAUUUCCGGUCUCCAUCCCAACGCCGAACUGACCUUCCGCAUCAACGAGGUGAACGCGAUGAUCGCCACGCUCGGAGAAACGCAACCUAAAGGUGGUGGGGGCGGCGGCGAGUCCAUCGAGGACGCCGUGACGCGCAAAGCGACGGAGCUCAUCUCGCGCCUCCCGGAGGAGUACAACGAGGACGACUACAAGCACAAGAUCAACAAGCUCGGCGGGCUGACCAUACCGUUAAAUAUAUUUUUGUUCCAAGAAAUACAAAGAUUACAAGAUGUCUUAUCGAAGGUCGGCUUCCAGCUCGUGCAGCUCAAAUUAGCGAUCAAGGGCGAGGUGGUCUUGACCGAUGAAUUGGCGCAAGCAUUAGGUGCGAUCGGCGGGGCUCGGGUCCCGCAUUCGUGGAUCUACACCUUGAGCGGCACGGAGUUCUCCUGGAUCCUGCCGUCGCUGGGCCAGUGGUUCUCGUCGCUCCUCGCGCGAGACGACCAGGAUCGCACGUGGCUCAACAAGUCGCGGCCGCCGGCGUUCUGGAUGACGGGGUGGUUUAAUCCUACCGGAUUCUUAACAGCGAUGAAGCAGGAAGUUACUAGAAAACAUAAGGCGGACAAGUGGGCGUUGGACGAAGUGGAUUACCGGACGGAGGUUACUACCAUGGAGCGGGUGGACCAGUGUCGCGCGGCGCCGCCGGAAGGCGUGUAUGUGCACGGGCUAUUCCUGGACGGCGCGGCGUUGGACAACAAGCAAGGGUUAUUAGUAGAAAGUGUCCCGAAGACGCUCAUCGUGCCCCUCCCGGUGCUCUUCGUGUCGGGUCUCGUAAGGGACGAGGCCAUCAAACGGCGCAUCGAGCUCUUCGGCAAGCACGGCCCCUACGAGUGCCCCGUCUACAAGUACCCCGUUAGGGGAGACGGCUACCCGGGCAACCCCGACAUCAAGUGCUUCAUCUUCUACGUCACUUUGAAGUGCACGGUCGAGAAGCCGCGGAACCACUGGACGCUGCGGGGCGUGGCGCUCCUCGCGAACGAGACGGCCUAGGUUCGAUGGAGGCCCUUCCUUCGCCUCUCCCUUGCCUAAGCGGGUCAUCUGUGGAAUUC